AUGUACGAAAUUUUUGUAUUACUAAAGUUUUUAACAUUAUACUAUUGUUCAGAUACAUUAGAAUGUGUUACAAAGACACACAAAGAGGCUGUUUGUGGUGCUGAACAAACUGAUUUGAACUCUAUGGAUGACAGAGAAAUAAUAUUAGAAUCGCUAGCAAGAUUAAAGCAGGAGUCUUGUAUGAUACAGAAAGAUGCUUUAUGUCAUAUGGGACAUCGUAUAAAAUUAUUUAAAGAGAAUCUUGAAAAGAAAGCGCUGGGUGAUUUAAAUUCCAUUCUUGUUUGUAUGGACCAAAUUAAUGGUAUUAAAGCGCUUUAUGAAAGAGCAGCCUUUAUCGUCAAAAAUCCUAUAAUUGACUUGAAUUGCUAUAUGAAUUAUUUUCGUCGUAAUAAAUAUGUAAUAAUAAGAUUUUUAAAAAACAAAGAAAAAUGUAAAGAUUUUUUAGAAUCCAGAAAAUUUAAGAAUGUGACGGAGGAAGAACUUAGAGGCCAAAUUUAUGACUUGAAAGCUAUUAUGUUGGCUGCUAUGAGCUUUUCGCAAGAAUAUCAUUCAGAAUAUAAAAAUGAAUACGAAUUUAUUAAAAAAAAAUUCAAAACUAAUUAUAAAUGGUUUAAUGAUUUAAAACCUCUUUUCAAUAAGACACACUAUGAAACGGUUGAUAGUAUAACUUUAGUACCAGUAAGUUACGUUGAUAAAAAUAAACAAGAAUCCUAUCUAAAAAAGCUAUUUUUGCUUAAGAAUGGCCUGAACUUCGUAGAACCUUCCAAAUGUAAUAAUGUGAACGAAACUGUAAUAAAAAAAAUACAGGAAUUAGAAGACCCUGGUAAAGAUAAAUUUUUAAGACCUUUUUUAGAAUUAUUUAAAGUAAGGUACAGGAUACUUAGUAAAGUAAUUACCCUCAAAAGAAUACUAGAAAGAAUUUUUACAAAUAAACUAAAAAUAAGUGAGCAGAAAGAUGAAAAUCCUAUGACUGAUACAGAAAAAAAUGACAAGGAGCUUUUUGAUAAUGAAAAGAACGGGGAAAAUCCUACAACUAGUACGAAAAAACAUGACGAAGAGCUUUUUAAUAAUGAAAAGAACGGGGAAAAUCCUACAACUAGUACGAAAAAACAUGACGAAGAGUCUUUAAAAGGCACAAAAAAGAAUUUUUAUAAUAAUGAGCGUAAAACUGAGAAUACCACUUUUGCAGAACAUCAUUAA